UCGUGUGUCACAGCAAAACACUCCGUGUAAAACUUGCACUUGUAUGCUUAUUGCGGAGCAAGAAAACCAGCAUUUCUAUAGGCAUGCUGCAGCGUCCAAAACCCAGCGACUCUGAGGCAGACCUCCUCAAAGAGCAGGAGCGGUUCCUGGUCUCUGGUGCUCCUCUUGCGGCUAAAGUGAUCCGAAGGCCAGACAAGAGGAGAGGAGGAGGAGAUGGAGAUGGAGGAGGAGGAGGAGGAGGAGGAGGAGGAGAAUGCCAGAGAGACAUUGUCACCAUAGAAGAUCUCCCUGAUGACAUGCCGUCUCUAACACCGGCACCAUCAAAAAAGUCUUGCUCUAAAGAAAACCGCGUUCGCUUUGAAGACCAGGAUACGGAGGAGGUUCUAGACAAGCAUGACACUCACAUCAGCGCUGUGCUUUCUAGGAUUGUUGAGCGAGACACCAGCUCAAGCCUGGUCUCUCUGCCAACAUUCUCUGGAACUGCAUUUCCCAGAGUCCUUCACCGCACAGAACCAGAUAGCAAGGUCCCAGCGGCCGCAGCAGGCGGGAGGAGGAGUAUAUUCGCCCGUCAGAUAGCCGCUGAGAAGCUCAAGGAGGCCAGUGGUCCAUCGGGCCGUGCAGCCAGAGGGCCCAGCCCCCCCGUGGAGACCAGCAUGGACACACACCUUUCUCCUGCAGCACGCGGCCCGCUGAGGGAAGCUUCGGGCCCCAGGCUGCCCUCGGGCCCCAGGCUGCUGUCGGGCGAGGGCCUGGGGGGUCCAGACCGCUCGGCGGAGACCCUGAGGAUCCAUCAGGAGAACCAGGCCAUGCUGCAGACCAUGUCCCGGGGAGAGAUACUGGAGGAGCAGCGGAAGCUGCUGGCCCAGCUGGACCCCAGGCUGGUGGACUUCAUCAAGGCUGGCCGAGCCCACCAGGACACCGCUCCCCCAGGCUCCGGUGAAGACCACCAGCAUGGAGGAGUCGCUAGGGACAGCACAGCGAAAAGUGUUCCCUCCCCGUCAGAACCACAGCAGGAGGAGGAGAUGGAGAGAGAGGAAGAGGAGGAGCUAGAUCAGGAAGACGAAGAGCCAUCACCGCUGCCUCCCAUCACAGAGGAGGAUCUCCCGCUGAAGCCCGAGAAGCAGUGGGUCCACAUGGGCAAGCUGGAGCCGGACAAGCUGGAGUGGACCAGAGACCUGCCAGGUCCCAGGAGGAAGGGGACCCAGAAGGCCAUGCAGGCUCGCUUUGACUUCGCCGGCUCCCUGAUCUCCCCCCACGAAGACCUGCCCACCCACCUGGGUCUGCACCACCACGGAGAGGAGCCCGAGCUGGCGGGUUACUCUCUCCAGGAGCUCUUCCUCCUAUCCCGGAGCCAGGUCAUCCAGCAGAGGAGUCUGUCCCUCAACACCCUGGCCAGCAUCCUCACCAAGGCGCGCGCCGGGCAGUUUGCGUCGGCGCUGAGCGGGAGCGUGAUGACCACGCUGCUGGACGCCGGCCUCCUCUUCCUGCUGCGCUUCGCGUUGGACGACAACGUGGAGGGGGUGAUGGCGGCGGCGGCACACGCGCUCAGAGCCCUGCUGGUGUCAGACCAGGACGAGGCCUUCCUGGACCACAGCUUCUCCUGGCCGGGCGGCCUGGCCUCCUUCCCCCUGCUGCCCUGCUCCACGGAGGAGCAGGAGGAGGAGGAGGAGGAGGAGCAGGGCCUGCCGGAGAACAUGAGGCUGAGCGCCAAGGAGAAGGAGGAGCGGAGGCACGACCACGAUGUCGCCCGGCAUGACGUCGUCAAGGGCCUGCUGAGGACGGGGCUGCUGUCCCGACUGCGCUACAUCCUGGAGGUGGUCCGCCCCUCUCCGCGGGUGGUCCAGGACCUCCUGGCGGUGCUGACCCGGAUCAGCAGACACUCCUCCCACGCGGCCACGCAGGUGCUGGACUGCCCUCGUCUUAUGGAUGUGGUGAUGUCCGAGUUCCUGCCUACUUCCUGGAGCGCUCCGUCUCUGCACCCGCCCCCGUCUGUGUACGGCCUCCCAUUGGCUGGGGCCCUGAAGCUCCUCAGGGUAUUGGCUACCUCGGGGAGGCACGCCUGCGCCCGGCUGCUGAGCUCUCUGGGCGUGAGGGAACGUCUCUCCCGCCUGCUGAGCCCCGAGCCCGGGGAGCUGCUGCUGGAGAGUGGCCAGGCGCUGCGGGUCUCCGCUGAGGCCUUCAGGCUCUGGGCCGUGGCAGCCAGCUACGGGCAGGCCUGCGACACCUACAUAGAGCUGUACUCGGUCCUGCUGCGGGCGCUGCAGGCUGUGACCCGGGACCUGGACUCCUCGGGGCCCCUGCGGGCCCCCCAGCGGCAGAGGGUGCAGGCCCUGCUCGCCUUGCUCACCCAGGUCACCCACAGCGCAGGGUGCCACCAGGAGCUGCACGCCGCCAUGCUCAGGAGUCCAGGCCCCGAGGACCCCGCGCCCCCCCCUCCCCCCCCGGUGUCCUGGGGCCACGUGGCCGGGCUGCAGGCCCCCCUGGUGGGGCAGCUGAAGGGGCUGGUGGCAGGCCUGGACGGGCCGGCGGGGAGGAGGGAGAGCAGCCUGGCUCUCAUCCCUGGGUACCUGCUCUGCCUGGGGGCGCACUACCACCAGCUCCCCAAGCAGAACUGUUUCAAGCCAGUGGACACACUCCAAGAGCUGGAACGGCUCACAUCAGAGGUGCUGCAGCCACUGAUGUCGCACAGUGCCGUUCAACACGUCGUUACAAACCUCCAGUCAUGCUCCGCCGUGUGUGACCUCCAGGGUCAUGGUCCCGGUCCGGAGGCCGUUCCUAGUCUGCCUGGAUUGGCCAGCGCGGGAUGGAAGGACGGCCCGGGAUUGGCUGUUCCCUCGUCUCCCUUCCCUCUUCUAACAGCGCUUUGCGUCCUGCUGGACUCCAUCACCGGCAUCCAUAAAGGCCUCAGCAGCAAGUUCAGCGGUCUCCUCGUAUCGGAGCCUGUGAUUGGCUACCUUGGUAGCUGCUGUCGGGCCACGCCCAAUCUGUCAAACGCCAGCGCCUGGGUCCUACGUCACGAACACCACCUGCUCUACCUGCUGGUCCGGCUGGCCCACCGAGUGGCUCCUAAGGAUGCGGCCGUGGCGCGGCAUGCCUCUCUGUACCACCAGGUGGCGAUGGCGCUGCUCCCCUGGCUGCUGCCGGGCAGUGAGCACCUGGCUCACGACCUGCUGUGCUCCGUCGUCUUCAGCAAGGACUUCCUCCCGGAGAGCCACAGCGGGGGACCGGAGGCCCUGGAGCUGGCGGAGCUGAAGCUGCACGCGGGGGCCCCCCACCUGCAGGCGGUGGGGCCCCUCCUCCGCGAGGCCUGUGUCCAGCUGCCGUCCCUCCGGGGCUGCUACCUGGGCCACCUGGCCCACCUGGAGCCCUCCGUCCUGGGCUCCAAGGACGCCUACCUGGGCCGCACCCCCUGGGUCCGCUCCCGGCUGCUCCCGGAGCUGGGGCCGGGGCCGGCGCUGCCCGCCGACUGGCCCUACCUGCCGCUGGUCACCCUGUACGAGCGGACGGGCGGGGGCGAGCUGCAGGUGGAGGAGCUGCCCCGCGGCGCCCUGCAGGCCGUCACCCACUGCCUCCAGUGGCUGCUGCUGCUGGAGGUGUGGAGGGAGGAGGCGCUGAAGGCGGUCCCCCCCGUGGCUAAGCUGGCGCGCCUGUCCUGCGUGUUCCUGAGCGCCAGCGACCUGUUCCUGGAGAGGCCCGUCCAGCGGCUGCUCUGGGCCCUGCUCCGGCUGCUCACCAGGCCGGACCGCCUGGACUCCCUGGACCUGGACGUGGCGCCGCCGGGCCUGGCCUCCUUCCAGGACCUGUACUCGGCGCUGCUGGUGCAGUACGAGGCGGUGUCGUUCGGGGACCCCCUGUUCGGCUGCUGGCUGCUGCUGCCCCUGCAGCGGCGCUACAGUGCGGCCAUGAGGCUGGCCGUGUUCGGGGAGCACGUGGGGGCGCUGCGCUCCCUGGGCGUCACGCUGGAGCAGCUGAGCCUGCCCCUGGAGCGCUACACCUCCCCGCCCGAGGCCUCCCUCCCCCUGCUGCAGCUCUACCUCCGCUCCCUGGUGACGGGGGGCCUGCUGCAGGCCCGCUGCCCCCUGCUGUACACCGUGGCCCUCGCUCACCUCAACGCCUUCCUCUUCUCCGAGGGCCCCGCCCAGCAGGCGGUGGAAGCAGCCCAACGCAGCAUGCUGAGGAAGGUCUACCACCUCACCGACCAGGUGCUGAAGGACCACCUGCUGCUGUUCCGCGGGCCCCAGCAGGACUCUGCGCUGGGCUUCCACACGUACCAGCAGCUGCCUCCUGAUCGGGCCCAGCGGCUGGAGAGGGCCCUGGGCACGCCGGACAGCAGCCACGGAGGGACACACUGACCGGGGGUGAGAGACCGCAAGGAGGAGACGUUCAGAGAGGUGGGACCAGAGCAGAGGGGCAGAGGGAGGGCGGGAACGAGUAGAGAGAGGGGGGGGGGGGGGGGGGGAGAGAGAGGGGGAAUGACAGGAGGAGGAUGGAGAGUUUAGAGCGGACGUGUGGAAAACGAGGUAGGAUGCUGUGACGCUAAGCUCCAAGCUGUCCCAUCAGCUCUUUUUAAUUUACAGCCUGCCAGGUCUUACAGGGGGAUGCUCCUCUCCUCAUGCUUUGACAUGAGGCCGUGGGGAGAGAGCAUAAGGAGAGUUUGGGUUGAAAGUGAUCACUUGAUACUUUGUCAAGGGACGAGUUGGAUAAUACAAAUCCAUGAAUUGGCCAGAAUGUUGACAGUUUUCUAUGGUGCAAAUGGCCCAAAAACAGCUGUUCUCCGUUUGUGAAUGACUGCAUUUAUGUUUAAAUGUUUUACUUAUUUUGUUACAAAUUAACUAUUGACAUCAAAGGCUUGAAGAAAGCCACGCAUUUUAUAUGUGAGCCUAGUAAACAUCAUUUUUAAUAAACACACUUUAAAAAAUA